AAGAGGAAAAAUAAUUAAUUUUUUUUUGGGCAUAGAACGAAAGAAACAACACCAAAUUGGAAUUUAUGGAAACCAACCACGACAGGAAAAACGAAAACAAAAACAAGUUAAAAAAAUUUGCAGAGGCCGGGCCCUGGUUAUUCUUCUUCUUCCUUAUCUCGUCUUCCUCUUUCUGUGUCUGAUAAAAUCUGCUACGGAUACAGAGAGCAGGCAGAGUAUCUUCUCUUUUCUGUUCCCUUGUUUUGUUCUUCCCUUCUGUCUCUUACUAUUUUUAAUAUUCUAUGGUUUAUUACUUUAUUUACUAAACAAGUGAAAUAAAACAGCUAAGAAAGAGAGGAAAGCAAAAAAAAAAAAGAAAAAAAGAAAAAGGAGAGAGAGAGAGAGAGAGAGAGAGAGAGAGAGAGAGAGAGAGAGGAGAAGAAGGGAUCAAACAACUUGAUCGUUCUCAAUCGUUAUGGAGCAGCUUGUCAACUUUAUAAUACGGCCACCCAGUUUGGCUCCUGAGCAAAAGGGAAUAAAAUUUGAAUCUCGGGCUGAGUACGACCCAAAACAUGACUUGUUGGAUCAAGGGUUUAUGCUGAAAGGAAAAUGGUACCAGAGAAAGGAUUUGGAGAUUAAAAAUAGCCGGGGAGAUAUUCUUCAGUGCAGUCAUUACUUACCUAUUGUUAGUCCCAAAGAAAUGCCACUGCCAUGCGUGAUAUACUGUCAUGGAAACAGUGGGUGCAGGGCUGAUGCGAGUGAAGCUGCCAUUAUAUUGCUGCCUUCAAACAUUACGGUUUUCACUCUUGAUUUCUCAGGAUCUGGAAUUUCUGGAGGAGAGCAUGUCACUCUGGGGUGGAAUGAAAAAGAUGACCUCAAGGCUGUGGUUGAUUAUCUGCGGCAAGAUGGAAAUGUUUCUUUGAUUGGCUUAUGGGGUCGUUCGAUGGGUGCUGUCACCAGCCUGAUGUAUGGAGCUGAAGAUCCCUCAAUUGCAGGAAUGGUUCUUGACAGUCCCUUUUCUGAUUUGGUUGACUUGAUGAUGGAACUUGUGGAUACAUACAAAUUCCGUUUUCCCAAAUUCACUGUGAAGUUUGCAAUACAAUACAUGCGAAGAGCUAUUCAAAAGAAGGCAAAGUUUGACAUAAUGGACCUGAAUACUAUCAAGGUGGCCAAGUCUUGCUUUGUUCCUGCUCUGUUUGGGCACGCCGUUGAUGAUGAUUUUAUCCAACCUCAUCAUUCAGAUCGCAUAUGUGAAGCUUAUGUGGGAGACAAGAAUAUUAUCAAGUUUGAAGGGGAUCACAACUCUCCACGCCCACAAUUCUACUUUGAUUCCAUAAAUAUAUUUUUCCACAAUGUCUUGCAUCCUCCAGAGGAUGAGGUGGGGGGAACAUAUUUUGACACAAUGCAUGAUUAUUUUGAUAAGGGUAGUUGGAGUGCUGUGCAUGAUGUAGGCAAUAACCGGGAAUUUUCAACUGCUUCUGAAGUUGCAGAACCAUCAACAAGCAAUGGAGAUGAUUUCCAUACCCUUGAACAAGUUCGUCCCAAAAGACCAAUGAGUCGUAUGGAGGUUCCGUCUGAUAUUCCAUCUGAGGGCAAUCAAUCUGAAGUUGAGGUUGGAGAGAUCAAUGACAAUCAUUUGCCAUCAUCAUCCAAAAUGAUAAGCUUUGAAUUAUCCCAUGGUCAUCCCACUGGUCCACAUGUUCCAACAAUGAUGGAUGAUGAUCAAUAUGUGGAGUAUCAACUGGAUGACUUGACAGGUUUUCCAUGUGACGUAGAGGAGGAAGAAAGGAUGCUCAUGGAAGCAGUAAUUGCAUCAUUAAAGGACUUGGAGAUGAGAUAUCCUAAUGCUGAAGAAAAACAGACUAGUGUCAACCCCACUUCCGUGGAAUCUUCACAAAAACAUUAUGUACAUGCAUCUUCUUCCACUGCAGAACAUUGUGAUUCUUUGAAGACAAUAGAGCAACGUGAGCCUUCAAAGGUAGGACCUGCUUUCUCUCCUGCAAUCAAUGGUGAAAAUUCAGCUAUAGAACACCCAUCACCUGAUAGCGUGUCAUCUGUGGGAACCACAUUUGAUACCCCAUCAUCCAUGGCCGAAUCAAUAAGCACAACCACCUCUAGCCGCAGUGACACUUCAGGGAGCAUCCCAAGCUCAACAGAUACCGACUUGUCAAGUAACACAAAAGCGACUUUGACAGUAGAACGGAACCCGGCAAGGCACAUCAUGGACGGUUUGAUGCGCCGUUGGGAUUUCAAUUUGUUCUCAAACAAUAGAUGAAAAUCUAAACUUUUUUUUUUUUUUUGGUUUUAACACUGAUAAUGAUUGUUUUGUAAUUAAAAUAGCAAAAAAUGAUUUUAGUACCGUAAACUACACAAGAUCUGGAAGGAGAAUAGUUUCAUAGAAUUUGUUUGGA